UUAAAAUGAAAGAACAGUGCGGCGGCUUGAUGACAUUUAGCUUGUCAGCAAUGUUGACAGGUUAAAUGUUAAUGCAGAAAUUCCAAUCUAUACGACAGCUUCUUAAUGUUAAAGAUAACAUUCAUAUAGCCAGAUAGAACUCGCAUUCGGUCUCACGUGCACCUCCCACCAAAAUUAAGUGGAUUAAGAGAGACAGGGAUUGCGCAACUGAGAGCUGUUUGUGUGAUUUCAAACCGAAGCCACGGAGAAGUCCACACUGCAGGAAAAACAGGCUCCAUACAAGGUUACAGGAAAUGCAGGCAUCCCGUGCAAACAUACACAAACCUCACGUUUCCGCGCUUGACGACAACGUGCAACACGGUGUAGUCCUGAAGACCUGAUGCCUGUUCAUAAUUCAAAUGCCUCGAUUUUAAACGUGCACAUCUACUGUUUCCGUGCAUGAAUAUAAACUUGGCUUAAAAGCCAAACCAACGAGGGACUAGAGCGCGAAGCAAUGCGCGGAUAUAUUUUAGACUUACCCUGUAGGCUAUAUAUACAAAACGAACCGUUAAAUAAUAGCACCGUUGACUCUUGAAGCCAGAAAAAAAAACCUUCAUAUUGAAACGGCGUUUCAAUUAAGCAGAAUCCAGAUAAUUUUGUUUGCAAUAUCGCUUUGUGAGUAUGUUGUUUUGUUAUUAAAAAGAUUAAUGAGCAUUGCAGUGUAAUUAACUACGAGUUAUUUAUAAACAUCUGCAUACAGCCGAAUCCAGAUAUUACACUUGUCAAAAACCAAUUCAUAAAAUUUCACAAAGACUUGAAAUCAAUAUUGUGUUAGCUGUUCUGUUGAGAUUCAUACGAACUAAAUACGUGUGCAGUGGCACGCAAUGUCAAAAGUAUAGGGGCACUCUUCAAAAUAGGCUACCUGUUACAGGUAUAGAUGGAGGUUUCAAACAUGCGUCUCUUGCACUAGAAUGGCCAGCGUACGCUAGCGAACAUACCCAUGUGCAUUAAUGCGUCUCAAUUGCUUGUAAGCACAUCUGCAACUGCGCCAGGAUGGAGAGAUCUCAGCGCUGGAGAUGACGCAAAUGACCCAGCUCCCCCAAAAAGUGUUUCAAGACGAACAUGGCGGCAACUUAACGCAGGACCAGGAUGACCGCGGCUAUCAAAAGAAAAGAUCCGAGGCAUUUUGCCCAGACACGGGGGAGAAAAUCAGGCUGUGACAACAGUACCUUGUUUUUCUCGAUUGAAUAAAACCCACGGACAGGCGGUUUGUGGUAUAGCUGGUGUUCGGAGAGGGGGAGAGCUCAGCCCCGCGGAGAGGAAGGGAGAGAGGCAUGUUGUCACAGGGAGCUGGGAUUUUUCUCCGGAGAGUCAUGGAGACCGUGGAUAUGACAAUGCUUGGCUUAAUCUCCUUGAACGAACUAAUUGGAUGUGAAUAGCAGAUCGUAGCAUCGCUAGAAGUGAAGCAGGACCGCUUCCAAUCCAACGUUUAAGAGGGGAAUAACACAAGACAAUCCCGAAGUCAAUGAAUAUUGUGGCAAAGGAGCCCUCACGGUGGAGUCGGCCGGUGUUGCGCUUUCCCAAAAUAUGACCAGGGGCGCUUGGAUGUGUCGACAGCAAGAUGACGGCUUAAAAAUCUGGUGUGCACCCCGAGAGAACGAAAAGCCAUUUACCGAUUCGGAGAGGGCCCAGAAAUGGCGACUGUCCUUGGCAUCGCUCUUGUUUUUAACCGUUCUGCUCUCUGAUCACUUGUGGUUUUGCGCCGAAGCUAAAUUGACGCGAACCCGAGACAAGCGGCUGGACAAGUUAGCAUUCACGGACAUGGACGAUUACCAAACCGCAAACCAUAUACUUUCAUCCAGCCUUCAUCCCCCACACAGCAGCCUCAGAAAAAAGGGAAAUGCUAUUUUUAUAGGAAAUUCUACCGAGCGUUUGUGGCGACUAGAAACUUGUCAUCCCGAUAGUUUAUCUAAAGACUGUUUUACUUUUGACGACGCUGAAACAGUUUGCAGGGGCCUUUCUGAGAUGGCGGGGAGGCAGUCGGCAGAGUUGAAUUUAAGCGAUUUUUAUCUUUCUUUUUGUAAUUCCUAUUCUCUUUUGGAUUUGUUUUACGGGUUAUCCAGUCCGGAGAAUUUGAACUGCAGCCUGGACGUGUUUAUGGAUGGCAAUCUUCUGGGUUGCAGUCAGUGCGUCCAAGCGUACCAACGCUAUGACCAGUAUGCUCAGGAGAGAUAUGAAGAGUUUGAGAUUAUGAUUCAGAAAUAUGAAACGGAUGCAUAUUCGGUGAGAACAUGCAUGGAAGAGUGCAAGGCCGUGUAUAAACCGUGGGUGUGUGCGCAGCACUUCCGCACGACACAGAUGCACUGCAGCAACAAGAUCCCGUGCAAGCAAUACUGCCUGGAGGUCCAGCAGAGGUGCCCCUUCAUCCUGCCGGACAACGAUGACCUCAUUCAAGGAGGAAGUCCCAGUUUCAUCUGUACAGGGCUUUCAGAAAUCCACGCGGCUGAGGUGGAGACGGAAUGCUGCGACGUCCGGUGGAGCCUCAAGCCGGACAGCCGGAGUCCCGGGGCGGGGGCGCUAAAGAGGACUCACCCCUCCUGCCUCCACCGGACGUCCGUCAGCACCUCGGGCGCGUGCCGCCUGUGCAGCAGCAGACUCAAGCUGUGCGUGCUGGUCCUGGUCCUCCUACACACUGUGGUCAUUUUGAGCGCCGCGCACAACUCCACAGGGCUGGACCUGGGACCCCUUUCCCCUAUGGAGGAGGCCUCCCCCAGUGAGGAGUGAGGGGGGACCCCCCCCCU